AUGGGUGUCAACUUGGAAACCAGUCGGUUCUUCACCCGUGAUUUCGAGGAGAACGGCUCAUUAGAGAGGGUCACACUUUUCUUGAACUUGGCGAAUGAUCCAACGAUUGAGCGUAUCAUCACCCCCAGGUUGGCCUUGACUACGGCGGAAUACUUUGCAUACCAAUUGGAGAAGCACGUCUUGGUGAUUCUCACAGAUCUUUCAGCUUAUUGUGAUGCCCUCCGUGAGGUUUCUGCAGCCCGCGAGGAAGUGCCAGGUCGUCGUGGAUACCCAGGUUACAUGUACACGGAUUUGUCUACCAUCUAUGAGCGAGCUGGGCGUGUGGAAGGAAGAAAUGGAUCAAUUACCCAAAUUCCUAUCCUUACUAUGCCUAACGAUGAUAUUACUCACCCAAUUCCUGAUCUAACUGGAUACAUUACUGAAGGCCAGAUCUUCGUCGACCGACAGCUCCACAAUCGUGGUAUAUACCCUCCUAUCAACGUUCUCCCCUCCCUAUCGCGUCUCAUGAAAUCCGCCAUUGGUGAGGGUAUGACUCGUGAGGACCAUGGUGACGUUUCCAACCAACUGUACGCCAAAUAUGCUAUCGGGCGUGAUGCGGCGGCAAUGAAGGCUGUCGUCGGAGAGGAAGCUCUUUCAGCCGAAGACAAGCUUUCCUUGGAAUUUUUGGAGAAGUUUGAAAGAAGUUUUAUCGCGCAAGGCGCUUAUGAGUCCAGAACCAUCUUUGAGAGUCUGGACCUUGCUUGGAGUUUACUACGAAUUUACCCCAAAGAACUCCUUAAUAGAAUCCCCGCCAAGAUCAUUAACGAAUACUACCAGCGAAGCACAAGUGAUAGGAAAGGCAAGGGCAAGGCGAGGGAGGGGGGCAAGGAUACUAGGGAUAAUUCCCGGGAGGAUGCUCCCAAGCAACCGCCGCAAGAAGAGAACUUGAUUGAGACUUGAUCGGUUUGAUUAAAGUUAAGGCUGUGGCGCUUGCGGCGCGCUUGUGAUUUAGUUGCUUCUCGUACCUUCUUCCCCUUCUGCUUAGUUUUUUUCCACCAAGAUACUGCAUGGAACCCAAA